AUGUCAACCACCACGCGCACCGCUAACCUCUUGUCCUUCUUCCGCGAUGAUUUUCGCAUGGAGACCUGGCUUCUUGCCGGUGCAUCUCUGCAAGUCGUGUCUGUUUUGAUUUUCGGCCGUCUAGCUCUCAUGCUCACCGGAAUCUUAUUGGUAUACCAGUUGACUACGGGUCUGUUCAAGGACCAAGGCAUAAUCACAACAAACUACGCCAGGGAUGUGAACUGGGGCAAAUGGAGCACACAACUUCCGGAUGCUUCAGGGCAAGCGCGGGGACCCGGUGGAGAACAGAUUGUCGUCUUCUUACUAGGCGCACGCUCAAACCAUCCCCGAGGCCGCUUUACUCCCGGGUGGGCAAAGAUUGGCGAGUAUUUUGGCGACAUGUGGCGCGACUGUGCCAAAAAUCGACAGACAAACGGCUUCCUCGGGAAAACAUCGACCCUCAUCGCGACUGAUGAAGACUGUGGAAACACCAUGUGCUGGUUAUCGUACUGGAAAGACUUGGACUCUCUACAGGUCUUUGCCAAUGGACCCGUUCACGCUAAAGGAAUGGUUUGGCUCAAUAAGAUUGGGCUAAAACAAUAUCCAAGCAUUGGGAUCAUGCAUGAAACCUAUAAUAUUCCCAAAGGACAUUGGGAAACCAUCUCUCUCAAUACUCGGCCCUUUGGAAUGGCCGCUACUCAGCACUUUGUCCAGGACAAGGAGUCUGGCGAAACCAAACGAAUCAGCCCGGUGGUUGAGGCCGAUGGAAAAGCAUGGGAUCGAAUGGUAAAUCGGAUGGGUGUUGCCUAA